UGUCAAUUCAUGCCCUGUUUCUUUUCUCUUUUCUUAGUUCCAAGCGAAAGAGCAUGUUGUCUCCGACUCUGAACACCCUCAGUCAUGGUGGGAACGAGUUCCAACAAGGAAGCUUCGUGUACGAUGCUGAGGAUAUUCCGUUUGGUACGCUGUGGUGGUUCGUUUAUGCCGGAAUCUCUUGCUUGCUUGUGCUCUUCGCUGGAAUCAUGUCUGGUCUCACUCUUGGUUUGAUGUCUCUGGGACUCGUUGACCUUGAGAUUCUUCAGCGUAGUGGAUCUUCCACUGAGAAAAAACAAGCUGCUGCUAUUUUGCCAGUUGUUCAGAAACAGCAUCAGUUGCUUGUUACCUUGCUUCUUUGUAACGCUUGUGCCAUGGAGGCACUUCCAAUUUACCUUGAUAAAAUUUUUCAUCCUAUUGUAGCAGUAUUGUUAUCUGUGACUUUUGUUCUAGCUUUUGGAGAGGUUAUCCCACAAGCUAUAUGCGCACGAUAUGGGCUCUAUGUUGGUGCUAAUUUUGUGGGGCUUGUACGUGUCCUAAUGAUUAUCUGUUAUCCAAUUGCUUACCCUAUUGGAAAGGUUCUAGAUGUUUUGCUUGGACACAAUCAUGCACUGUUUAGGCGAGCACAGUUGAAAGCCCUUGUAUCAAUCCAUAGUCAAGAGGCUGGUAAAGGAGGUGAACUCACUCAUGAUGAGGCAACAAUUAUCAGUGGAGCACUGGAUCUCACUGAGAAGACAGCAGAGGAGGCUAUGACACCAAUUGAAUCUACGUUUUCGUUGGAUGUUGCUUCCAAAUUGGACUGGGAAGCAAUUGGGAAAAUUCUUGCUCGAGGUCAUAGUCGUGUCCCUGUAUACAGUGGAAACCCCAAAAACAUAAUUGGCCUCUUACUAGUAAAAAAUCUUCUUACUGUAAGAGCUGAAACAGAGACACCAGUUAGUGCAGUUUCCAUCCGGAGGAUUCCAAGGGUUCCAGCAGAUAUGCCUCUAUAUGACAUUCUCAAUGAGUUUCAAAAAGGAAGCAGCCAUAUGGCAGCUGUAGUCAAGGUUACAAGACCUCAUGCAACUGGUGAUAUUGAAAAAUCCAAGGAUAAAGAAGUCAUCAAACAUAGUUCUCAACUAACUAUGCCAUUGCUAACCAAGACUUCUGAGAAAACAAAAAAUGUUGUUGUCAAUAUUGACAAGCCUCAUAAGCAUGCUGCAGACCAACAGUUUCAAAAAGAUGGCAUUGCAACAAAUGGUGUCCACCACUUUUCAGAUAAUGCUGAAGAUGGGGAAGUUAUUGGCAUCAUAACCCUGGAGGACGUUUUUGAAGAACUUCUGCAGGAAGAAAUUGUGGAUGAGACUGAUGUGUAUAUAGAUGUACAUAGAAGAAUACGUGUGGCUGCUGUUGCAGCUGCUACAUCUGUGGCACGAGUUCCAUCUGCCCGAAAGUUGACAGGUCACAAGCCUGUAGUAAAUUUGAAUUAGUGUUACGGGGAAUUAAGCAAGCAGGUUAAAGUUAGAUGAAGAUUUUGGAGAAUGAUGUACAUUUAAGGAUAAUUUCAGGAUCUCUGAUGGAGCCUGUAGGGAAUUUAAGAUGAGCUUAAAUCAGACCACUCUUCCUAUAUAUAGUUAUGUGGCCACUAGUGCAUUUUGAUGUUUGGAUGGCAUAAUACAGCAUGGAGAUGUUGGUCGUGAUUUUUAUUUUUCAGUUUUUUAUGAGCAAGUAGGUCCCCGAUUUCAGAAAAUAAAUUCUUAUCUUUGACACAUUUGUUAUCUAAGCAAUUUUGUUUUAAUCAAAUCAAUCGUACUUCUUGU